UAAAUAUUGCUAGCAUCUAUCUAUAAAUUUGCACUAUGAGCGCAUAGUUUGCUGCACAAAUUAAGGUUGAGAAAGAGGGAAAAAAAGAGAGGAAAAUGGAGGGAGUUGUUUCUAGGAAGAUAGAAGUUAAGGUAUCUGCAAGCGAAACUUGGAAGACCUACGGCAGCCUUAAACUGGCCGAGAUUGGGGUGGAAGCGUUUCCAGAUAAGUACAGUGGAUUCAAAGUCCUGCAAGGCGACGGCUACGCUGGAACCAUCAUCCAAGUUUUUUUUGCUCCAGGGGUGGAGGGGCCGCCAUCGUACAAGGAGGAGUUCUUGGUGGUGGAUGAUGUGAAACGAGUGAAGGUGGGGAAGUUUAUCGAGGGCGGGGUUUUGGAACAGGGGUUUAAAAGUUAUGUGGUGACGUUGGAAGCGAUAGAGGUGGAGGGGAAGAAGGAUGAGUGCAUCAUGAGAGGUAGCAUCGAGUAUGCGUUGUAUGAUACAAUUGCUUUGCCUUUGGUUACCAGCUCCAUUGAGGGCCUCCUUGCUCUCAUGCAAGCUGUUGCAGAUUACGUGAUUGAAAACCACAACACCACCACCAACUGACGCACAUCUAUAUCCUAUUUUCUUUGCUUUUAAUUUCGAUGUUUACGUUCCCAUCUGUUGUGAGUUUAUGUUAUGUAUUUGAAUAAAGGAGGGAGUCUGCAGGACUUGUACUCUUUCUUUCAAUAAAAAUAAAUUUAUUUUGAUAA